GUCGAGAAAUAUGCUUUUCCUCUUGUAGAUUUACCAAAAUUUGGAGAGCCAUUACAAAAUAUCACGGUACCAGUGGGGCGAGAAGCGGUACUGCAAUGUGUUGUCGAUAAUCUGCAAACCUAUAAGAUUGCGUGGCUGCGCGUCGACACACAAACGAUACUGACGAUACAAAAUCACGUUAUAACGAAAAAUAACCGAAUGAGUAUAAACCAUGCUGAGAAGCGUGCUUGGAUAUUGAGAAUACGUGACGUCAAGGAAGCGGACAAAGGCUGGUAUAUGUGCCAGAUCAAUACGGAUCCGAUGAAGAGUCAAGUUGGUUACCUGGAUGUUGUGGUGCCACCAGAUAUCCUCGAUUAUCCCACCAGCACGGAUAUGGUAGUACGAGAAGGUGAUAACGUAACGUUAAAAUGUGCAGCAGUUGGUUCACCACCACCUACUAUAACGUGGCGACGUGAAGGAGGCGAACCCAUACCGCUGCCCAACAAUACCGAAGUAACCACCUACAAUGGCUCCUACCUGACGAUUACUAAAGUCCAACGCCUUAAUAUGGGUGCAUAUUUAUGCAUCGCUUCGAAUGGAAUUCCGCCAACGGUCAGCAAGAGAGUAAUGUUGAUUGUGCACUUUCCGCCAAUGAUUUGGAUACAAAAUCAGCUAGUCGGCGCUGCUACCGGCCAAAACAUAGCACUUGAGUGUCAGUCAGAGGCGUAUCCGAAGUCUAUCAAUUACUGGACGAAAAAUGACACGAUCAUUGUGCCGGAUAUUCCGCAAACAACGACAGUAACCACAUUAGCACCGACGGUAGCUCUAAACACUGUGCCAGUAGUGGUUACGAAAUACAACAACAAAGAUCAACGAUUCAGUAAAAAAAUUCACCGUACAAAAUCGAAUAUUGCAGAUACAUCAUCGUCAUCAGCCUUAAACAAUCUUUAUAUUGAUGCCACACCGAGCUCAUGGAAUUCACAAGAUCACAGCACAGGGAGAGAGCAUAAUCAAU